UUCAAUAACCCUAACUAAAGCGUAUUUGUUUAUUAAAUAUUUUGUUUAUACAAGUUUUAGGGUUAGUGAGUGACAAAAGCAUAUUUCCCUAUCUUGUUAAGAUUGUAAGACAUGUUAUAAGUUAAAAUAUUCCUUAAUUUAUUAAAUGAAUGAAAAUCAAAUAUCUUGCCUAACUCAGAUAAAAAGUUGUUCUGAGGCUGAUUUGAUACUAUGUGGUUCUCGGCUAGGUUUGUGCCAGAUUAGACCACAUCUUAGACCGAAAAUUCGAAAGUUUAAGUCUAGUACUAGUAGCGGUAAAUAUGUCAAAGAUUGUGCCACUUCUACUAGUCGAAAACGAACAACUUCAGGUACAAAUUUGUCAAGAACCCUGUCCUUAAGAAGGACUGUCUCUGCUGACCAGUAUGAAUCACCUAAAAAUUGUACGCAAAACUUCAGGACAGCCAAAAACAAUCCAGGAGUGAAUGCUAGUUCAUGUAAUGAAGAUAAAGCUGAAAGAACUAAAACUGGUGACAAGACUGAAAAUGAGGAAAGCUCAAAAGACAUGUGUCUGCCAAAUACACAAAAUUCUGAGGCAGCCUUGGUAACCAGCACCUUGGAAGUAACUGUAUUAAAACAAACACAUGAAGAUGCUUACAAUCAGAAGAAAUACAGUAAAUUAGCUGGGAUGAUAGGACAGCUUACUCGUGAGCACUUGAAAGAACCAAAGUACAACACCCCGAAAUAUAACAAUUUGAAACAUUUGAAACACAAAGAAAUUAGUACAUAUGUAAGUAAAACAAAAGAAGAUGAUGUCAUGACUGUUAAAACAGAGAUACAAGAUGUUAUAAGAGAUGCAGGAAUUGUAGAGGAUAAACAGCUUGUGUCAGAAGGUAGCUCAAGAGAAGAAGAAGAUCAAGUUAACGUUCCAGUGUAUAUAGUGGAAGAUCAGAGAUCUAUAAGCACAACAGGAACCUGUGCGUCAAGACAUGUGCAUUAUUCUCUCAAUGACAUGUUGCCAACGGACAAAAUUGGUGAAAUUACCAUGUUAGAAAAACAUUUACAGGAAGGAAAAACUGGUAGUGUAGAAAGUAUUUCAAACAAAGAUUAUAAUAUCCAAUUAAGUUCCUUUAUCAGUGAAGAUCAAGAAUCUUUUUCAGAAGAGCAGCAGAAAAUUGUCUUGACCGAUUGUUCUAGAUUAGAUGACCAAAAUGUGAACUUUGGAACUCAUCAAGCAGGUGAUCGAGUUAGAAUCACACAAGUAUUGCCUGGUGAAAACAAAGCUGAUUUUCCAUCAUACUUAAGGGAGACAGGUACAAUUCAUCAAAAUACUGUGUUUUCAGAUUCAAUGGAGAAAGAGGACAGUGGUCAUCAGAAUAAAUCUGAAAUCACUGGGAGUAUUGUUAAUUUAAACCAUGAUACUGAAGACAACUCCGAUGUUAAUACAUGUACAGAAAGCAGUCUUAUUACUGGAAAAUCUAAACAUCCUUCUGGGUGUAGUGGGGAUACUUUAACUUCUGAUAUUUCUAGUCUUCUAUGUGAUGGCUCCUCUGGUUAUGCUGGUCAAAUUAAGUUGGAAGAAACUGGUUCAAAGAUAACAUGGACAGAAGCUUCACAGUGCCAGGAAGAAGGCUUAUCUAAAAUACAAAGUAGAGAAAAAAUGUAUGCUAAAUCUAAGAAUUAUCAACUGCACUCAACCAUAGAUGAAAAACGUCCUCUAAGUAAUCAAUCAGAUUUAUGUAGAAGUGGGAGAAGAGGAGGCCUGAAGCAAGAUUUUGAAUAUGUUUUUUUAACUCCAACAGAGCUACCAAAGUUUGAGAAAAUAGAAAAAAUGGAACACAAGUUUGUACUUUCUUCAGUUGACGAUGAAAAAAACAUCACCACCAAAAGUAUGGACCUGCAUCAAAGGGAUAAGAACAUCAAUUCUGGUUCAACAUACGAAGAUGUUUUGAAGACUCUAGAUUUACUGGAGCAAGAAGAGAGAGAGUGCAGGCUUAGAGUAGAAAAUUCUGUAGACCAAGUAGUACAGCCCAGCUGUGAAAAAUACAGAAGCAUUGUUGCUUAUCUUGAAGAUGUUGAAAGGGAAGAUCAGCAGAGAAAGUGUGAAAUUCAGUCAUCAGAGACAAGAGAAGCAACAAGGAAGAAAAAUACAGAAAUAGAUUUAGAUCUUCAGAAGUUGUGGGCUCUUCAAACAGAAGUAGAACAGAAAGACAAAACAAUUAAAGCUCUUCGUAAGUUAUUGGCUCACCAGAAAGAUAUCCUGAAACGACAAUCGAAAGACCUAGAAACUGAGACAAAACAGAAACUAGACUUCCAGAAGCAACACUAUAAUGCUACAGUACAGAGGCAUCAAACAUUCAUAGAUCAGUUGAUUAAAGAUAAGAAAGAAUUGACAGAAAAGUACGAGGAAGUAUUACUGGCUUUGAAGAGUAGCGAAAGCAAAUAUGCUGCCAAGAUUAAAGCUCAAAAUGAAAGACAUGCUAUUGAUCUGCAGAAAACCAAAGAACUAGCCACAGCUAGUGAGAAGAUCUACAGGGAGAAAUGGAUCAGCAAUCAGAAGAAGAGAAUAAAGGAAAUGACAGUUAAAGGGCUUGAACCAGAGAUCAAACAACUUAUGAAAUCUCAUCAUCAAGAACUAGAGCAGCUGAAAGAAGUCCACCAGACAGAGUUAGUCCAGGUGGAAGAGAAAAUCGCAAAUUACUAUAAACAGAAAAUGGACCAACUUCGGGAGCAACUAAGUAGAGAGAAAGAUGACGCUUGCGAACGAGAAAGGGAGCUAGCACGAGAAAGAUUUGAAAGACAGCUAGAGCGAGAAGAGGCCACGUAUCAACAGCUUAGAAGGAGACUCCACUGCUCUUUGCAAGAAGAAAAAGAGCAAUUGGUUCAGGAGAUUAGCUGGAUAAAGAAAGAGCAACAGGAAAAACUGAAAGAACUGCAUGACAGAAAGCAAGAAGAAAUUGUGAACUUACAAAACCAAUUUGUUCAAGAAAAAAAAGAAUUAAAGACUGACCAUGAGUUUAAAAUAAAGGCACUGCAAGAGAAACUAGAUAAGAAACAUGAAGCUUGGGAGAAAGAAAAAGAUGAAGAAUUUGCUAUAUUACUUAGAAAAAGGGAAAAGGAUAUUAAAGAUCAGAUGAAAAUAGAAAGAGAGAAGGAAAUUGAAAUGGUGAUAAAACGUCUAGAAGAAAAAGCUAUGUCAACUAACGAAGAAUGUGAACGGGCAGCAGAGGAAAAGAUUAGACGACUGACACAGAAGUAUGUGUUGAAGAGUCAGCUUACUGAGUUAGAAGCAGAAAAAUUGCAGCUAGAGUCUACAGUCAAGUGUAAAGCUACAGAAGUACUAGAAGUAAAAAAGAAGAAUCAAAGUUUGAUGAAUGAAAGAGAAAACCUAACCAACAUUGUACGUCAGGAAUUCUCUGCAGAUCUGGAACAGCUGAAGAAAGAAAAAGAAGGAUUGGCCCAAGAAACCCAACAACAACAACGAUUACAUGAACAGGAGUUGCAGAAGCUUGUCUUGGAACUCAAACACAUAAAAAUAAGUAAUGAAGAAACUCUAGAGGCACUUCAUAACAGAGUGCGACACACUCUCAGUAAAAAAGAAACUAUCAUCUCACAACUCAGUCUGGAAAUUGAAGCCUCAAAAACCAGAGCCAACCAUCUUGAAAAACUUCUCGAACAACAGCGACAGGAGCUUCUGGCAACAUAAAAUUCAUCUUUGUUUACCUGACAAUGAUAACAGUACUACAGCAGGAUGAAAAGUUCUUGAACAAAAAAAUUUCAAAAAUGUUGUACAAAGAAGAUGACUUGAGUUUUUUAGAAAUCAGUAUUGAGUAUGUUUUGUUUGUUUAUGGUUUUUAUGAGUGUGUUAGUAAGUUCACCAAGUAUUGCUCUACAUACUUAAUUCUUACUUUACCUUCUUCUAGUUUCUACUAAUAUAUCCUUAUAAAAGUAUUCUAUGAAAUUGCCUGCUGUGAAGACUGGUUAUCAGCCUUUAUUAUCAUGAUUAAGUUAUCAUUCAUAAAUUUUACUUUUGUACAUACCGAGUUUAACUGUACUCAUAGCAAACAAAGUGUUUGACUUUUGAACAGUUUAAUGACAUCAUAGAAAAAGUGAGGUUUUAUCCUUUAUAAACAAUCUAGUCCAAUGUUUAGUUUGUAAAAAAUAGACAUGUAUAAAACUUUGGUAUUUAUUUAAUAA